CCCCUUUUAGUGGCCGCCCCACUAUAAUAUAUGGUGCAUUUCCAAAUCAAUUAAUUCCUCCAACUAAUUCUAACACUAUAUAAACACCAAAUUUCUAAUCAAAAUCACAAUAACAACAACAACAGCAAUAACGAAUUCAAGUCAUGAAAAUGAAAGUAUCAGUCAAGUGGCUCUUUGCUCUGGCAUUCGUCGCAAUUGCCGUGAUCGCGGCGGAUGCGGCCGGCGAGUGCCCGAAUUCGACGCCGGAUGCGGAGGCGAUGAAGCUGCUCCCGUGCGCGUCGGCGGCGCAGGACCCGAACGUGGCGGUUCCGGCGAGCUGCUGCGCUCAGGUGAAGCGAAUAGGGCAGAAUCCGAAAUGCAUGUGCGCCGUGAUGCUGUCGAACACCGCGAAGAGCGCCGGAGCCAAGCCGGAGGUGGCAUUGACCAUUCCAAAGAGAUGCAACUUUGCCGAUAGGCCCGUCGGAUACAAGUGUGGAGCCUACACUUUGCCUUGAGCUUGGAAUCGAAGGAAUUUCUGGAUGAUGAAGACUUGAUUUGAAGUAAUUAAUAGUGAUGGCAUCGUGUAUCCUCAGCUAACUACUUCAUCUAGCUAAAUAUUAAUAAUGUAAUUAAUAACAACACAAAUAAAGAAUCACGACUGCCUUUAUCUA